UAUGAUUUAGAAUUUUCCAGAUGAAAUGACUGAUACCCUAGAUUUUAGCGGAAUCAAGCAGUUUGUUAGAGGAGCUCUGUAUGAGGGAAAGUUUAAAGUUCAUUUGAAUGGCGUCUCCUUCAAAAGUGAUUCAACAGGAAAGGUCGAUCAGAUUUCACCCAAUGAUAUUUUGAGUGUAAAGUGGCUAAAAGUUGCGUAUGACUACGAACUGCAAUUUCUGACGAAAAGCAAAAGCGUCGUGAAAUAUGAUGGUUUUCGGGAUGAACACUAUGAUUCGAUUAAGAAGUUUUUAACUCAAAAUUUGGACAUCAGUUUAAAGAAACAAGAUAUGUCGGUUAAAGGCUGGAACCAUGGCGCUGUUGAAUUUGAGCACGAUGUUAUGAGCUUUCGCAAUAAAAGUGACGAUAAACCAGCUUUCGAAGUUCCAUUAAGAAAUGUUACGAAAUGUGAUACUCCUGGCAAAAACGAGGUUGCGAUAGAAUUUCACCAAAAUGACGAUGCAGAUAUUGAGCUGUUCGAAAUGCGGUUUUGGGUUCCCAAUAGUGCCGACCCCGAGGUGGAUUUGGUGACCGAUUUUCACGAUAAAGUAAUGGCAUCCGCAGAUAUUCUGUCGGCUACUGGAACUACAAUUAUGUCUUUCGAAGAAGUCAUGUGUCAACUGCCCAAAGGUCGUCACGAGAUCAAAUUCUAUCCCACCUGUAUCCAGAUGCGAGGAAAGACGAAUGUCUGGAUUGUGCAAUAUACUUCUAUGCUACGUCUCUUUCUCCUACCUCACAACGACGGCAAUCAAAUGUUUUUUGUGAUUUCACUGGAUCCUCCUUUGAAAGCAGGAAUGACACGACAUCACUUUGUAAUCUGUCAGUUCCACAAGGACGAGGAAAUUGAACAAGAACUUAACAUUACAGAAGAAGAGAUUAAAGAAAAGUACGAUGGUAAGAUAGACAAGCAGAUGAAUGGUCUCACCUAUGAGAUGUUCAGUCGCGGCAUGAAGGCCUUUUCCAACCGAAAGAUCACAGUCCCAGGCAGCUUCAAAAGUCAAAGCGACAAACCCUCAAUUUUCUGCGGGUACAAGAGCAACACUGGUUACCUCUACCCCCUAGAGAGGGGUUUCCUCUAUGUGCCCAGACCCCCCAUUCACCUGAGAUUUGACGAGAUUGCUCAUGUCAACUUCGCUAGAGGAACUGGAACUCUGAGGUCUUUCGACUUUGAGGUCACGAGUAAACAGGAACAGAGCUACACAUUCUCUCAGAUAGAGAGAGGCGAGUACAACAAACUGUUCGAUUUUGUGAAGCAGAAGAACAUUCCGAUCAAGAAUAUCGGAGACGAGGCCCAGAGCGAGACUGACUCGGACUUGAAAGAUUCGGACGAGUCGGAAACGGAAGCUAGCAAUUUCAGAUCGUGGGCAAAAUCCAGGAGCCGUGGAAGUGGCAGCAGAAAGCGAGAGUUUGACCCCUACCUGGAGAAGGUCAAGAAAGAGGGCAGAGAGCGGGAGGUCAAAGGUGACGGGGGUUCAAGUGAGGAGGACUCUGACUUCGCCCCGGGAGAGGAGGACGAUGUUGCCGAGGAGUAUGACAGUCAUGCGGAGUAUGUGACCUCAUCGGAGGAGGGCGAGCCAGGGGCGGGGGGAGAGGGAGGGGCGGCGUCUUCUUCAGGGGACAAGGAGAAGAAGAAAAAGAAAGAGCGCAGGAUAGCCUCUACUAUUAAUGAGCCGGGCUUCGAGAAGAAAGACAAGAAGAGGAGUUCCGGAGGAGGGGAGUCCUCGGGAGGAAGUAGGAAGAAGAAGAAAGACAGGGAUCCGAACAUGCCCAAGAGACCUAUGAGUGGCUUCAUGCUGUUUGUGAACGAGGAGCGGGAGAGCAUCAAGGCCAAGAAUCCCGACAUCAAAGUGACGGAGGUUGGCAAGAUUGCGGGACAGAUGUGGAAGGAUAUGGACGCUGACAAAAAACAGGGGUACAUGGACAAGGGGGCGAAACUGAAAGAGGAAUACAACAAACUGGUAGCCAGCAUGCCCAAGCAGAAGAAAGUAAAAUCGAGCAGUGGAGCAAAGUCAACUAGUGGUAGUAAGUCUGCUUCCUCAACAGUCGGUAGUGGCGCGGGAGGUGCAAAUGUGAAGAGCAAGGAGUUCAUCAGUGACAGCGAUGACUCAUCAAACCAAGGGGAGAGGGAAGAGGGAGGGGAGAAAAAGAAGAAAGAGAAAAAGAAGGCAGAAGGUGGUGGUGGUGAUAAAGCUAAGAAAAACGAUGACGUCAUAGAAGAAGAGGAGGAGGAGGAGGAGGAAGAGGAAGAGGAGUCGGAGGGAGACUCAGAAGAUGAUGAAGAUGAAGACGCCACUGAAUCGGGAAGCAAGACCAAAAGCACAAGGUCCACGAGAGGCAAAGGGGGAGACGAACCGUUAGCCGAGGGGCUCCCAGAGGACGGGCCGGAAGAAGAAGAGAUGAGCGAAUAAGUCUCGUCAGGCAUGAAAACUUUCUUUGUUCGUGUCUCAAUCUGCAUAAAGCUUCAAACGUUCUCUUCAAUUUUUUAAGAGUAAUGAACGUAGUGAGUACUCUUAUAUGGGUCUUUUUUGUUUAGGAAAAAGUCUUAAAAUUU